GAUAUAUGUGGGGACGCCCCAUAUCAUAUCACUGGUGAUCGCGGUUGCCACUGAGCACGGACUUGUCUUAAUUUCGUUCAUCUUCUCCCGACCGCUUGUGGGGAUGCCGCAGGUCGAGGGAACGCAUUACUGCUGCACUCGAACCAUGCCAUCAAUUCACAGAAAGCCUCGUGGCCUUCACUUUCGAGACGUCCAGGAUUUAUUUUUCGUGUUCCUGUUCCGUGAAUGUCAAUUUUUAUCCGCUACCGGGGUCCGGCAUGGGGAAAAUAUCUAUUAUUUCAGCCCACUUGCGUCACACGGUGCCUCAGCAUUCUCUCCGUCCCUGAUCCUGGAGUAGACACCGUAAUCCGUAACCAGCCCUUACCCCGUGAGGCUCUAUCUCUCGCCUAUAUAUCGUCCUGGGUUGGAGCCCAUCCACUAGAAUUAGCCCUUCCUCGGUAUAUGGGGGAGCGCAUCUACCCGCCUCGCCAGCCACUCCGAUCAGAGGGCUUUUACGCAAUGAUUACAACAUUUUUAUCAAUCAGUACACUCUUCUUACUCUUUUCCAUUUUCUCAAUGUCUUCUCAUUCGAAGAACAUGUUCAGGCUGUCUCAUUCGUCCCUCUUAUCAGCCAUCUCCCAGUGUAAUUUUUCAACAGCUGAUCC